CCCUUCCAAUGAGAUGGGGGAGGAUAGGUACCACUCAAGUAUACAGCGUACGUAAUUUUUGCAUUUAAAUGAAAAGUUGGUACAAUUGGUAGUGUUUUGAAGUCGGGAGAUAUUUCCUUGGGUUAGUACCUCGAAAGUUUGACAUAAUACUGGGAUUCGUUUCCCGUGGUUGAUUCAGCGCCAAGAUGGACAAGAUCGACAUGAGUUUAGAUGACAUCAUCAAACAGAAUCGCAAAGAGAAUCGUAAGCUGGCCGUUCAGAAGAAGAAAGCGGCCGCCGGCCUGAAGAACCGUCCCUCCGGACCUGCUGGCCAGAGACAAGCCAAAAAGCCCGGGCUGGCCAAAACUGGUCUUGGGGUCAGAGGCCGCGCAAGUCAGCUGAAGCAGUUCCGGGCCAGGAUAGGUGGGAAGAAGACUGUGGGGAAGGGCGUGGCGCUGACGAAGAAGAAAGGGGCGGCCAAGGUUCAACAGCAGGGCGGGGUCGUCGCAAACAGAGGGCCAGCUCGAAAGGUCGGCAAGCAGCGAGUGCCUGUUAAGAGAAUUGGCGGUGCCCAGGUGGUGAAUCGCUACAGGAGACAACAGCAACAACAGCAGCAGCAGGUACAGCAGCGCUUGCAGCAGAGCAAAGCCGCCCGACAGCAGCGGUUCAACCAACAGCGAGGAAUACAGACGAUACCACAAGGGGGCGGCAGGAAAAAGGUCCAGUUGAACCGCCAGAACUUUGUCAGCGCACAGACAAACAGUCGACAAAUCAACAGGCAGCAGACGAACACACUACAGCAACAGCAGCCGCAGUUCAGCCAGCGGCAGAGACAGAAGAACAAGAGAUUACUUCAGAACCAGCCAGCCCAGAGGGCCAACCUGGCCAGGCCGCAACGCCCGAAAGCCCAGAGGGCGAAGCAGCUGAGGGCCAACGCCCAGAAAGUCAAUCCUAAGCUCCUUACAGUCUCCAUCAGCAAUCCAAAGGCCAUGCAAAACUACAAGCCAGUGAAGAUUAACAGGAAUAAACCCAAAAUGCAGAUAAGCGGCGGCACACUCAAUGAUCGGUUCGGCCAGUUACAGCAACAGCAGCAACCCAAGAACGCGCCCAACACUAACCGGCAGAGGAGACGGCGGAAACAGCAGGGGCAGGGGCAGGGCCAGAACACCGGUGGGCGGACAGUACUUCUAGUCUGAAGUGGGAAUUUCUCAUUCUUAACGGGAAAAAAAAUGUUAAUCGUCACAAUGCUGCUUUGUAAAAUUUGUAGAGUGGAUGGGGUUGCAGGUGUUGCAUCUUCAUUGGUUGAUUUCCGGGUGUCGUGUUUCUCCUUUCCCGAGAAGCCACCUCAGUCGGUCACCGCUAGAGGUAAUGUCUGGGUUGAGCCAAAUGCCACAUGUGAAAUAACCACAGUUUUGGACCUGCGACGUAAGAGAAAUAUUGUUUUUACAGAACGCUUUUAUUUCGCAGUGUCGGUUUUUAUAGGGGUGCCCGGUUUCUCUUCAAGAAGAUUCAGAGGUUAAAAGGCCACCAGUGGUAAACCUAUUUUCUGGCGAAACCUUUUAGUUGAGAAAUGCCAGUACUUGUCUGUCACCAAUUCUUCGAUUUUUUUUCUAACCAUUCGGCUAUCCAGUUACACUGCACAGUUACCUCUUGGGAUUCAAUCACGAAAACUGACAAAAAGUUUGACUUUCCUGAUUUUUUUUUUUUCAUUUGUUAAUUCAAGGUUGCUGUUUAUUUUUCUUUUCUGAAUUUCAAUUUAUCACCGUAAAAUCAUAAAUUUGAAUGAACUAUGAAUAAAUUGGUUGUGUAUUGAAGUCAUA